AUGCCUGAACUAGCAGAAGUUGCACGAGUGGUGAAUUACAUCCAUAAGCAUCUGGUGGGCCACACGAUUUCAAAAGUGCUAGCCAACCAUGACGACCUUCUUUUCGGCAAAGUUGGUACCAGCGCAGAUGAAUUCAAGAAACACAUGCUCGGCAAGAAAGUGAUAGAUGCAGGCCAGCAGGGGAAAUAUUUCUGGAUGAUCAUGUCCUCUCCCCCGCAUCCCGUUAUGCAUUUUGGAAUGACCGGAUGGCUGAAGAUUAGGAGUGAGAAUACCUAUUAUCGGAGUAAUGGGAAAGACGAGAAGCUUGAAGCAGAAGUCUGGCCUCCGAAGUUUUGGAAGUUUAUUCUUGAGACGGAUCAUGAGCCCAAGACUGAGGCUGCGUUUGUGGAUGCGCGGCGGUUAGGUCGUGUGAGGCUUGUGGAUUGUCCGGGGGACAAGAUCAGGAGUUAUACACCACUUAAGGAGAAUGGGCCGGAUCCGGUUAUUGACAAGUCAAUUGUGACGGAGGAGUGGUUGAAGACUCUUGUGCGGAGGAAGAAGGUUCCCAUCAAAGCCUUGCUACUAGAUCAGGCCAAUAUUAGUGGACUAGGGAAUUGGAUGGGAGAUGAGAUUCUCUAUCAUGCUCGCAUUCACCCUGAACAAUAUAGCGAUACGCUUAGGGACAAUCAGAUCACGGAGCUUCACUCUGCCAUAAAUUAUGUCUGCUCGGUAUCCGUUGACCUGAAAGGAGAAUCUUCCGACUUCCCUACUGACUGGCUAUUCCAUCAUCGAUGGAAUAAAGGGAAGAAAGGCGCUACUGGGAAACUCCCAAGCGGAGAGGCGAUCGUCUUCGUUACGGUGGGCGGUCGAACAAGUGCCGUUGUUCCUUCCGUGCAGAAGAAGAAUGGCGAGGUUGCUGGCGGUGACGAGCUAGAUAAAGAAGUAGAUACCAAGCCUAAGAAGGCCGCCGUCAAAGCGAAAGCCGCACCGAAGACAGCCUCCCAGACGAAAUUAAAGGCAGAGGUCAAUGAAUCGGAUGGACCAGCAACGCCUAGCCGUAAACGCAAGCAGCCAGCCGCAAAGGCCAUCAAGGAAGAAGACGGCACCGAAGCUACGCCUGCCUCGAAGAAGUCCAAGGCUACGACCGUGAAAGCUGAUCCGGAAGAGCCACAAGUACCGCUGAGAAGGGGGCGAUCUGCAGCUAAGAAGUGA